AUGGUCCAUCAUUCUCUUUUCUUUUUCUCCUUCCUCCUCUUCCUUUUUCUACGUCCUCCUUUUCUUCUUCUUCCUCCUUUUCUUUCUUCUUCCUCCUCUUCUUUUUCUCCUUCCUCCUCUUCCUUUUUCUACAUCCUCCUUUGCUUUUUCUUCUUCCUCCUCUUCCUUUUCUCCUUCCUCCUUCUCCUUUUUCUACGUCCUCUUUUUCUUUUUCUUCUUCCUCCUCUUCUUUUUCUCUUUCCUCCUCUUCCUUUUUCUACGUCCUCCUUUUCUUUUUCUUCUUCCUCCUUUUCUUUUUCUUCUUCCGCCUUUUCUUUUUUUCGUCAUCCUCCUCUUCUUUUUUCUCUUCCUCCUUUUUUUUUUUUUCUACGUCCUCUUUUUCUUUUUUCUUCUUCCUCCUCUUCUUUUCUCUUCCUCCUCUUCCUUUUCUACAUCCUCUGUUUUUUCUUCUUCCUCCUCUUCCUUUUCUCCUUCCUCCUCUUCCUUUUUCUACGUCCUCCUUUUCUUUUUCUUCUUCCUCCUCUUCCUUUCUCCUCCUCCUCCUUUUUUCUACGUCCUCUUUUUCUUUUUCUUCUUCUUCCUCCUCUUCUUUUUCUUUCCUCCUCUUCCUUUUCUACGUCCUCCUUUUCUUUUUUCUUCUUCCUCCUUUUCUUUUUCUUCUUCCUCCUUUUUUUUUCUUCUUCCUCCUUUUCUUUUUUCGUCUUCCACCUCUUCUUUUUUCUCCUUCCUCCUCUUCCUUUUUUCUACGUCCUCUUUUUCUUUUUCUUCUUCCUCCUUUUUCUCCUUCCUCCUCUUCCUUUUUCUACAUCCUCCUUUGAUUUUUCUUCUUCCUCCUCUUCCUUUUCUCCUUCCUCCUCUUCCUUUUUCUACGUCCUCUUUUUCUUUUUCUUCUUCCUCCUCUUCUUUUUCUCCUUCCUCCUCUUCUUUUUUCUCCUUCCUCCUUUGAUUUUUCUACUUCCUCCUCUUCUUUUUCUCCUUCCUCCUUUUUUUUUUCUUCGUCCUCUUUUUCUUUUUUUCUCCUUCCUCCUCUUCUUUUUUUCUACGUCCUCCUUUCCUUUUUCUUCUUCCUCCUUUGAUUUUUCUUCUUCCUCCUCUUCCUUUUCUCUUUCCUCCUCUUCCUUUUUCUACGUCCUCUUUUUCUUUUUCUUCUUCCUCCUCUUCUUUUUCUUCUUCCUCCUCUUCUUUUUCUCUUUCCUCCUCUUCCUUUUUCUACGUCCUCCUUUUCUUUUUCUUCUUCCUCCUUUUCUUUUUCUUCUUCCUCCUUUUCUUUUUCUUCUUCCUCCUUUUCUUUUUCGUCUUCCACCUCUUCUUUUUCUCCUUCCUCCCCUUCCUUUUUAUACGUCCUCUUUUUCUUUUUCUUCUUCCUCCUUUUUCUCCUUCCUCCUCUUCCUUUUUCUACAUCCUCCUUUGAUUUUUCUUCUUCCUCCUCUUCCUUUUCUCCUUCCUCCUCUUCCUUUUUCUACGUCCUCUUUUUCUUUUUCUUCUUCCUCCUCUUCUUUUUCUUCUUCCUCCUCUUCCUUUUCUCCUUCCUCCUCUUCCUUUUUCUACGUCCUCCUUUUCUUCUUCUUCCUCCUUUUCUUUCUUCUUCCUCCUCUUCUUUUUCUCCUUCCUCCUCUUCCUUUUUCUACGUCCUCCUUUUCUUUUUCUUCUUCCUCCUUUUCUUUUUCUUCUUCCGCCUAUGCUUUUUCUUCUUCCUCCUCUUCUUUUUAUCCUUCCUCCCCUUCCUUUUUCUACAUCCUCCUUUGCUUUUUCUUCUUCCUCCUCUUCCUUUUCUCCUUCCUCCUUCUCCUUUUUCUACGUCCUCUUUUUCUUUUUCUUCUUCCUCCUCUUCUUUUUCUCUUUCCUCCUCUUCCUUUUUCUACGUCCUCCUUUUCUUUUUCUUCUUCCUCCUUUUCUUUUUCUUCUUCCGCCUUUUCUUUUUCGUCAUCCUCCUCUACUUUUUCUCCUUCCUCCUCUUUUUUUUUCUACGUCCUCUUUUUCUUUUUCUUCUUCCUCCUCUUCUUUUUCUCUUUCCUCCUCUUCCUUUUUCUACAUCCUCUGCUUUUUCUUCUUCCUCCUCUUCCUUUUCUCCUUCCUCCUCUUCCUUUUUCUACGUCCUCCUUUUCUUUUUCUUCUUCCUCCUCUUCCUUUUCUCCUCCUCCUUCUCCUUUUUCUACGUCCUCUUUUUCUUUUUCUUCUUCCUCCUCUUCUUUUUCUCUUUCCUCCUCUUCCUUUUUCUACGUCCUCCUUUUCUUUUUCUUCUUCCUCCUUUUCUUUUUCUUCUUCCUCCUUUUCUUUUUCUUCUUCCUCCUUUGA